AUGCCAUGGCUUCUUCCCGGAAGAGUCUUCCAGGCCGCCUUUGCGGUGGUGGUCCUGGGCCUUUCGGCCUUUGUCUCCAACUGGUAUAAUACCGACACCAAGACGUCGUCUCUGGCUCAGAUCAACUUCUUGAUCUUUGCUCCUCUUUGGUCGCUGCUCUCCAUCGCAUGCCUAGAAAUGGUACCCAAGUUCUUGCCGCGGUUAUCGAAUCCGUAUGAUGCCCUUGGACUCGAGACCACUAAUGUGCUCUUCUACGCGGCCCAGGCCGACGUCGCCUUCUCGGCCGUUUUGAUCUUUCAAUGGGCCGCGACGGCCAUUAUCCCGGCCCUCGACGUGCUAAAGAUGGGGUUUUCGCCGAUCCACCGCAGGGGAGGGGGGAGGCUGGUGCGCCACAACAGAAACUUCUAG